AUGAAGAAAAAGACAAAGAAAAGGUCGAGGAGGACGAAGAAGCAGAAGUACAACCACAAGACGAAGAGGUGUCAGAGGAAGAGGACAAGCCGCCUCGGUGGGGGAAGCGAUGGAAGAAGAGAAGACAGUGUACCUGACUCUUCCCGUGUUUCUCCUGGAUCCCCUGUUGUUCCCCUUGCCUCCCGGACUGCCUUUUGGAUUCUCGACCUCCCGCUUGAACACGUUUUCCCACGGACUUCCGCGUUACUUCACUCUCGUCAACAUUUUGGUUUGCUCGCUGUGGCCUCUCUGACUGCUGCAUCCGAUCCCACCUGUGAAGAGCUUGUGGUUUCUCUGGAAGAUCGGAACCUGGUGUCUGGAAAAUGGAUAUUAUACGCCGGGACGUCAGACAAUCAAGAUUUCUUGAAUGAACUGGAAAAAGGGAUCAACCUCUGGGUUUAUUUUUCAGUUAUCCCUGACAGUGAUAAUAUCCCAGUGAGAUGGGGACACAAAGAAGUGGGAAAAUGCACCUACGAAAACUUAACUUCCACUUAUACGAGAGGUGUUGCAACCGUUGAAACUCAGUACAGCCUCAAUGCUGAAGAACAUUUGGAGAAAUACCUCAAGUCAUGUCCUGACUGCCUCCUCCUCGUCGACCACAUGACAGUAAAUCUCCCUAACUUGAGGAGUCCCAUGAAGGGCAGAUUGCUCCUCCUUUUAACGAGGACUGGAACACUCGAUGAUGCUCAGCUGGAGGAUUUCAAGAAACAAGCCGCAUGUCUCAACUUCACGAAAAAGUUGCACUUUGCAGACAACACGGAACUCUGUCCAGAAUAGAGGCUACGAUAGACGAAACACAUCCUGGGGACGGAAAAUACGACUGACUGUCGCCUGACUUACUGCACAAGUGUCUGUCAAAAGACUACAAUAAAAGGAGUUAGUUUUCAUGAGUAAUAAGAACAGUGGAGGAACAGAAUGUGGAUGCAGAGUAACGGUCUAUUUUUUCAUCCUUUGCUUCGAUCAUUUCCACAUCUGUGUGUGUUCCCGUUCUUAAUGAUCAAUUAUUCUAAUAAACAGUCCAUGUGAACGUUGACCGAAUGAUUCACUUGAAAGUUGCCAAAAAGGUAAAAAUAAGUUGAUCAGUAAUCAAAACAGAGGAAUGUUG